CGAAACGUUUACCGGAGUCGCUAUUUUUCUGACUAAACAUAAUAAAGCCACCGAGAUUAAAACACAACCGUUAGGGAAUGUUUACUGCCUCGACCCGUAUAACCGUGCACGCCUACCUGAACGUCACAUUCUAUUGGUUGAGACACUUUGGAGACAAACUAUUGGAAUUUACGAAAUAUGUCCGUAUCGUAACAUUUGUUACAAAUGGCCAUUUGUUGAAAUUUCAGAAAGGUUUAGCUCAGAAGCUAGACAAACAAAAUCUGUUUAAUUCGCUUAUGGAAAGCUGCUGUGUUGUUUUUAAGUCCUCUGUAAAAAGUUACCACGACCACCGUCAGGUCAUAAGCUAUGGACACGUCUGAGGAAAGGAUGACACCCCAACUUAAAGAAUUUUUAUUAACUUUCAUGCCAGAAAAAUGUUAUGACCAGUUUUUCCUUCAUUUCAACUUUAUACACGUGCCCUGUCUGAAGAUUGUCCUGAGUAAGACUAUGGGAAUACUGGUUUUGAUGGCAACUGUUUUUGCCCCACUGGCUCAGAUUGGGAAAGUAGUUUGGUCUGGAAGAUCUGAUGGUGUGUGUCUGGAAGCUGUCUUUCUGGAACUGUUGGCCAUUUCUGCUCAUGGAGCUUUCUGCUACACGCAAAACUUUCCAAAUGAAGCCUGGGGGGAAAGUUUGUUUGCACUGAUCCAGAUUGCCUUCCUGUUUUUUCUCAUCCAGCACUACAGAGGAAAAACCAUGAAAGGUGUAUGUCUUCUUGCUCUAUACUGUGUCUUCAUGUAUUUCCUGGUUUCACCUUUGACCCCUGUGUCAGUGGUCUGGAAACUUUGUGAGUGGAAUGUGCUGUUUGUUAUUGCUGGCAGGCUCAUCCAGGCAUGCAAUAACUACAGAUUUGGUCACACGGGCCAGCUCUCAGCUCUCUCUAUUUUGUUGGCCUUUUGGGGGUCUCUAGGGCGUAUCUUCAGUUCAUUACAGGAGACUGGCCUUUCACUCCCAGCUCAGUUGCAUGCAGUGGCCUGUUGUUGCAGUGGAGUGAUCCUAAUACAGGUUCUGUUAUACUGGAAUAUAUGCAGCACAGAGAAAGUGAGGCAAGUUGAGAAAGAGAAGGCUGAGUAGAGGUUUUUAAGAACCUUGGCAGAUGUGCAGAAUCACUUAAAGUGUGUUGAAAGCUUAUUUUGAUUCUGUUACUAAAAACUAGUUCAAAAUCACUAGUCAGUGCAAGCCAAUAUAUGGUAUUUUCUAAAGUCUUAUGCAUUUGAUGCAUGCCAAAAACAGUUCUUGCGUCAGGUGCAGUGGUACAUUUGAAUAAAUUUGCUUUCUCUGCAUAUGCAUAUGCCUUUGAACAAUGAUUGUUUUCCUUUUUUUGUUACGUUUUGUAUAUUUUGAUAAACAUAAAGGUUUGUGUUUUUUGGGGGGCUUAAGUCAUCAUGCGUAAACAUAUUUGACUGAUUUGGUAAAACAAAACUUGCAAACACCAUAGACCAACAGUGUAGUUAAACAUUUUCAGUAUUCUUAAGUAUUUAUUUGAACAGUUUUGGUUUGCUUGUCAGUAUUAACAUUUUAGAAAAGGCAUGAUGUGUAAUCUUUCUCUGUCAUAUCUUCAGAAGAAAUGAAAUGCGUUUAGUAAACAUUUGUAAUGGGUCUUUAAAAACAUUUAAUCCAAAUGCAUUCAAUUUAAGUUAUUUAUUUACAGCACUCAUGUUUCUUAUUGAGAGAAAGUAAUAAGUAACUUAACACAUUAUAAAACGGAUAAAACGUUUGCACACACACAUCUUGACUUAGAUAAUGGAAUUUCUCUGAAAAUCAGAUGGGAUUGAUGAGAUUUCAUGAAAAAUCAGGCUUCACAAAGCAGAAGCAUGAAACUCAAGUGAGCUUGUGUAGAUUACAGAAAUAGACCACCAGGUGGCAGAAGAGUAGUGUUUCAUUUACAAGACUCAACUGAUCGUCUACUCUUUGUAAUUUUAUGAUGUUCACUAUUUCUUUGUGGCUUUCUUCAGUUUGGCCAGUUGUAUUAAAAUGUAAGUAACAAUAGUUACAUUAUAUACACAUAUUAACACCCAAGAAUGUGUAUCUGCAUUAAAAAAUAUUGUGAAACCCAAAUUUGUACAUUCAGCAUUUAAGUCUCAAAAAUUAAACAAAUAAAACAACAAUAUAUGUUAAGAUUUAUGCAGUACACACUUCACAUUUUCAAACACCUUAUUCUUAAGUAAAAUAUCAUCAGUUAAUUUGCAUAAAGUUGUUGAUUUAUUCUUUCAUGAACAUUUUUUUAGUCAAACUGGGCGGAACUAUUAUGAGGAUUAGUUAUUAAAUCAAGUCUUGUAAAGAUAUUGAAAUGACGUCCAGUGUGUCUUUUACUGUUGCUUAGGAGCUGUGUUGACAGUGUGGUAUGGGUUGUUUGUUGGGUCUGGUUGUGGAGUCUUGGCUCUGUCUGCUUUGUGGGAGGUCUUCUCCACUGGCUGUGUGUUUAUUUCCGGAGCAAUGAAAACUCGCUAAAACAUGAGUCAUAAAGCGUUUGUCUGCCUGCGUGUGGUUCUCUCCUUAUCUACCUGUCUGAAAAAUCUCAAUCUACCAUCAGAACGAUCUAAUCUUCUUGUCUGUGUGGAAACACCACGCCAUGCAUAUGUUUGUUGCCUGCCCAUGAGGGUCUGAAGUAUUGACUUUGUUUGUGUACACUGCUUGUGUGGACUUUAAAGAAUUAGGUUAAAAAUAAAGUAACUUUUGUUUUCCUUUUUUAA